UUCAAGAUGUCUUCGAGAUCCACAUGUUGGAGCGUCUGGAUAACGAGCUCGACGGGGAGCAUACUGAAACUCAUUUUGCUCGGAGGGGGGGGGUGUAUGAGGAGUAGGAUGAAGUGGUAUUUAUGAGAUGAGGUAUAGGGUGAAUGGGAUGGUGCUGUUGAAUUGAAUGUCGAAGACUAGAUCUAAUGUCGACAGAUACAGAUCGCCUCAAAGGAUGGAGCGAGAUGCUUCUACUUACGAAUGUCCAGACCAGAUCACCUCAAAAGAACAGGUCAGGACAAGCGAGGACGCGUCUGCUCAGUGCGAGUCUCCAACGAGAAGGGCUGAUCCGAUGGCCUCAAGACAGAACACAGACGACGUUAAACGUCAAAAGAACCAAACGAAAAGCCGAAACAAGACGCUCUGCUGGACCUAAUUCAAGUCUUCAAACCAGCAGACCAGAUCCUUCGACCUCAAGACACAGACACAAACACAGCCCGACGACGUCCCACGUCCAAAGGACGCACGCGUCAAGUCGGCCCCGCUGCGCUGUAUCUCACUCAACGUCUCGUCUCGUCUUCAGACUCGACCCUCCGACCUCAAGACACAAAUCUCGUCAAACGAGAGAAACAAGACGAUUUGACUUGAUCUGAUAACUAAAGACUCGAUCUGAUGCUCAAAAGCCACGAAAGUCACGAAAGCCAAAGAUAGUCGACGGAGUGAGAGAAAGAAGUCAGAAAGAACAACAACA